AGUUGAUAUCUGAAACGUGCUUAUGCGGUAACUGAUGUGCAGAUUUUUUGGCGCGUCUGACAUGUAAGCUAUUUUACCGCAAUGUUGAGUCCUAAAAUGCAAAGAACCAUUCGAGUGAAUGAGAGCCAACUCAUUAUGCUGUCUGAAAGAGCUCACUAUGAUUAUUCUCAAGCUGGCUAUCUCCACAAACGAUCUGGUGAUAGCAACAAAUGGCAGAUGAGAUGGUUUGUUCUAUAUCAAAAUCUACUCUUUUAUUACGAUUCAGAACAUUGCCAUCGUCCUUCGGGUAUUUUGAUAUUGGAGGGAUGUUACUGCGAGAGGUUAAUUACAACGGGAAGUGCGUCGAAGUCUAAAGAUGGUUCAGACAGACAGUUUUGCUUUGCAAUAUCAUACAGGCGAGAAAAUAUUCGGCAAUAUGAAUUACGAGCUCUUAAUGAAAUGGAUUGUAAGAACUGGAUAGAAGCUAUAAGAGAAGCAAGUUUCAAUAAGCUAUUACUUCAAAAAGAAGAGCUAGAACAAAAACAUUUACAUUUGUUGCAAAUCGUAGAAUCUGAAAAAACAGCAAAAUGGCAAUAUACUUUGCAAUGUGAAGAGUUGGCAACGGAAAUUAAAAAGCUCAGAGCUGAAUUAUUUGCUUUAAAGAAGGAAUGGAAACCUUUGCCACAUCACCAAUCAAGUGGCAACAUUUUAUCGAAUCAACGAUCGAAUAGUUCUGAAGUUAGUGACCAUUUCGCAAACUUAGAUCAGGAUUCAAUAGAACUACGAAAAAUAAAAAAAGUUCAAAGCUUUUUUCGCGGCUGGCUUUGUCGAAGAAGAUGGAAACAAAUAGUAGAACAAUACAUAAAAAGUCCUCAUGCUGAAAGCAUGCGAAAAAGAAAUAGUUUAGUUUUCCGUAUGGUGGAAGAUGAGGAGGAAUAUAUGGAACAAAUGGAAGUGCUGGUCACUUGUUUUUUAAGACCUUUUAAAAUGGCGGCUUCAUCGAAAAAGCCACCCUGUUCACAUGAAGACAUUAGUUCCAUUUUCUUGAACAGCGAGACUGUUUUGUUUCUACAUCAAAUUUUUUUAAAAGGUUUGACUUCAAGACUGGAAAGUUGGCCUACUCUGGUUUUGGGAGAUUUAUUUUCAAUGUUACUUCCAAUGUUGAGCAUAUAUCAAGAGUAUGUAAGGAAUCAUCAUUAUUCUCUUCAAGUUUUAACUGAGUGUAAACAGUCGAUACAAUUUUCCGCUUUACUAAAAAGGCUUGAGAAUAAACCAGCUUGUAGAGGAAGAUCUUUGGAGACAUUUUUAACGUAUCCUAUGCAUCAGGUUCCAAGAUAUAUAAUAACUCUUCACGAAUUGUUAGCACAUACUCCAUAUGAUCAUGUGGAACGUAAAAGUUUAGAGAAUGCUAGACAACAACUUGAAGAUUUAUCCAGGCAAAUGCAUGACGAGGUAUCUGAAACAGAAAAUUUACGCAAAAAUUUAGCUGUUGAAAGGAUGAUUGUUGAAGGUUGUGAUAUACUUCUAGACGUGAACCAGGUUUUUGUACGACAGGGAUCUCUUAUACAACUUCCUAAUGAGAAACCAAAAUCUCAAAGAAGUAAACUUCCAUUUAAAACCGAAAAGGAAAUAGUUCGCCAAUGUUUCUUAUUUUCAAAUCAUCUUAUUAUUGCUUCAAGAACAUCAAGUGGAAAAUUACAUUUAAUACCCGACGUAGGUAAAAUACCCUUGGCUGAUGCACUUUUAAUAGAGGAUCCGUAUGAUAAUACGGACGACGACGAAUCUUCUGUAUGUUCAGUGUCUAGUCAAUCUACCAUCAGUGAAUCAUCAGUUGGAGGAUCAGGAUACAACAAUAGGGAUUUCAAAAUAAUUGUAGAAACGAAAAAUAUUGCACAACCCAGCCAGCUUUCUGUUCAUCUUCUGGCAUCGUCAAUACAAGAAAAAACAGCGUGGAUCUCGGAUAUAGUGCAGUGCUUGGAUAAUGUCCAAUUUAACGACAUGAUGAGACCAGCAAUGCCCGAUAGCAGCUCAAUAAGUCUCCCCCAGUCACUUAAAAAUGAUCCAAAAUUAUUUAGAGAUGAAGCUGAUAUACGGUUUAGUCGUACUUUAAAUUCAUGUAAAGUACCUCAAAUCCGAUAUGCCACACCCGAACGAUUACUUCAAAGAUUAACAGAUUUACGAUUCCUAUCAAUUGAUUUCCUCAAUACCUUUCUGCUCACAUAUAGAGUAUUUACUGAUGGAGUAAGUGUUUUGGAAGCGCUGAAAAAAGUAUUUUAUAGUAUUGAUCAGGAUCCCCCAGAAAUAAAUAUGACCUUUGAAGGAUUGCAGAACAAAGAUGAAAAUACUUCGCAGCUAUUCGAUGACAGAAGAAGGAGCAGCUUUUCGCCUAGAAGAACAAGUGGAGCCAGCUCAGUUUCUGGAUAUGGUUCUGAUAUGAGUGACAGAGAUAGAUCUCAUAGUUACGAUUCACAAGGUCAUAGGGUUUGGAAAGCAACUUUGGAAAUGUAUGAAGAAGAAGGGCAGGAGCCUGAGAAACUUAAAAUUACAAAAUAUAGUCCGACCAAAACUGGUGACACUCUUGCUCCACCAGGAACAAAGCCAGUUUCAAUUAAAGUAGACACUGCUAAUGAUAAUGAAACGAACCAAUUAUUAACUAUUCCAAAUGUAGCAACUUCCAGUAGCAGUGAGACCUUAACAGAUGUAACUGUUGUAAGUGCUCAAUAUUCUCCAAGUAACCUAAGCUCAGUAACAUUAGUUGGUUCUUCCCCAUCAGAUAAUAGUGGCCAAGAAGGUAGUUCUUCCCCAGCAAAAUCCCCUAGCAAACCUUCAUCUACCAAAUCAUCGCCAAAAACAUCCCCAACUAAAGUUAAUAUAUCAAAGCCAACACCACCAAUAGCCACAAAAGCAGUAUCUACACCACCGUUAACAAAACCUUCACCCACCAAAUCAGGAAAAACGUUAUCCCCUACAAAAGACCAAGGAACUGUGAAGGCUGAGCAUCAAAAACGACCAUCAAUUACACUGAAACAAGAGGCUACUGAUAAGCAUAAAAAUAUCCAGCGAGGUACUUCGGUUGAAUCAGAAGAUCAGUCUGAUGAUAAUUCAUAUUAUACCCAUACUCAUAGAGCGUCAUGUAGUUCUUCUAAAUCUAGUAUUUCAACUUCAACUGGUAUUAUUCAAUCCCUGUUUUACAACUACUACGGAUCCAGACGUUCAAUACAAGAUAAUGAUGUAUCAACUGCCCGAUCUAGUUUCCAGCAUGAAACUACUUCGAAACCAAGUCGUGCUGGUGUUGUUAUUACUUCAUUUAGACAAUCAAAACGAAGGAGUAGUACAUCUAGUGCUGCAGCUGCAUUUGCAAUUGCAACAUCUGGUUCAAGUAAUCCUCGAGAUAUUUCUCCUGCCAAAGAACAAGAAGAUACUAACGCUGAAAGAGAAAGGCAAAAGGAAUCGGUUAUGUCAACAGCAUGUACAAUGAGAGUGUUGAAUGUAUUACGGCAUUGGAUUUCAAAACAUGCUCAAGAUUUUGAAAAUGAUUCACGUUUGAAAAAUUUAACAAUCGAAUUUUUAGAAGACAUAAUUUAUAGUCCAAAUUUGCUCCCUGCAGAACAUAAAGCUGCAGCCCAGUUAUUGAGAUUACUUACGAAAGAAGAUCCAGAAAGCAGUAAAAUCGAUAUUCAAAAACUCCUAACUCCAACCGCGGUACCUAGUAAGGAAUCCAUAGAAACAUUAUCGGCAUUAGAGAUAGCAGAGCAACUCACAGUAAUAGAUCAUAAGAUAUUUAUAAACAUAUCUAGCGAAGAAUUUUUGGGACAAGUAUGGAUGAAAGCAGAUAAAGAUAAACGAGCACCCCAUAUUAUUAUGAUGACGAAACGAUUCAACCAUGUUUCUAGAUUAGUUUCAUCAGAAAUUUUAAGACGUAAAUCAAUCACAGCAAGAGUUUCGGCUAUUGAAAAAUGGGCAGCUGUAGCAGAUAUUGCUAGGUGUCUUCAUAAUUUCAAUGGAGUGUUGCAAAUAUGUUCGGCUUUUACUAAUACUUCGAUAUUUAGACUGAAAAAAACGUGGGAAAAAGUCUCAAAAACAACAAAACAUACGAUUGAGAAGUUGCAAAAUGUAGUAUCUUCUGAUGGGAGAUUCAGAGCUCUCCGCGAUGCUUUACAUAGGUGUGAUCCACCAUGCAUACCAUAUUUAGGAAUCUAUUUGACUGAUUUGUCAUUUAUAGAAGAAGGUACACCAAACUUUACAGCUGAAGGUCUUCUGAAUUUUUCUAAAAUGAGAAUGAUUGCUCACGUCAUUCGAGAAAUUCGACAUUUUCAACAAACUCCUUAUAAAAUAGAACUUAUUCAAAGAGUAGCCAAUUAUUUGUUGGACACGACUAUAAUAAUGGACGACGAAGAAUUAUAUAGCACAUCUUUAGAAUUAGAGCCCAGAACUUCUAGACUUGUCUCACAGUCAUCGACAACAACUAUCAAGUAAAAACUAAACAAUAUUUUCUUAUGUCAAAGACAAUCGAAGGUAUUAUGGAUUUAUUAUACUGUUGGUCCCACGGUGUUUGUUGAUGUCGAUUAAAAGGGUGUCUUUUGACAUACUAUUUAUAUUUCCCUUUCACUAGAUACUUAUGAUAUAGCGGAUUUCUUAUUUAUAUUUGAAAUUCAUAAAAAUAACAUGGUUGAAUUAUCGUUUGUAGAUAUAAUAUAAUUUUCUUUAAUAAUAAUCGAAUAAUAUUGUUCGUCUAUGGUUCCAUUAGGUAAAGGAGUGUUAUUACCUAUCAAUUUUUGCACUAUUCUUGUUUACUUUUUUGGUCCAAAAACUUGUUCUUCAUCCAAAAUUUUUCCAGGCUUAUUUCAGCCCUGCCUCCAAUAUUUCCUUGUGAUGUCGUUAUUAUGUCCAUACUAAUUGAUUCCACUUGCAACUAUUAUUGUAUUAUUUACUACUUCAUUUUCCUCUUUCUUCCUAAAUUCACUUCUUUUGAUUUGAUUUCAAUAUUCAUACGUUCAAAUCCAUCUGUUUCCAACUGCUUUUUAUAUGUUACAAUAAAUAGUUUACCGCCGAAUAAAUUUUAACUGCUGCUAACUACAUAUGAUGCUAUUUUCAUAAAGAUAAUUAAAUUUUUAUCUUCUCUAACUUUCACCUAUGUAAGUAUAAAAGAGAAAAAAAAAUUAAUUUCACGUAUUUACGUAUUUACUAAAAAAGCUUUACAAAAAUUAAUCAUUGAGUUCUCAAAGGAUUUUUGACAAAUGUAAGAAAAGCAGUUGUCACUUAUGGUCAUUGUAUUUUAUUUUGUUCAAGAAUACCGAUAUGUUACAAUGUUAUACAUUUUACGCUACGUUUUGAACAAAUUUUUUUCUCUUUCUAGAUUCUGAAGUUUGUUUAGAGAUAUUUAAAUCUAUUACAAAAUAAUCUAACUCAUUUUGGGAAAAGAAUUUUGGCUCACUUGAAAUACUUCCAAAAUCAGCAUCAUUUUGUGAUGAGCUUUGUUCAAUGUUUGUUAUGAAGGUUCAGAUAUACUUUUGUUGAAUUUAGAUAUUGCCAUUAAGCUCGAUUUUUAGUGUUUAAUAAGUUUAAGAUUACUGUACAAAAAUAACAAUCUUGGUUCUUCUCAAAUAAUCAGUGUUGUUUAAAUGCACUUUCCCAUAAUUUUAAAUAUUCCAUACAUGAUUUACAAUUGUAAGCCUAAGACUAAUUUAUUUCAAAUAGCAUCCCCAAAUACUCAAAAUAGGUAUUUUUCACCAACUGUGAUAAUGUUUCUAUAAUAUUUAAACACAUAUCCUCCGCAAAUAUAGCAAAAAUAAUUUGGAUUGUUCAAACAACUACUUAUGACGCAAAAACUUUAUAUACUACAGUAAAAUGCACCUGCUAUCGAUUAAUAUAUACACUCAAAUGAUAAAAAUUAGAAACAAAAAAAACUCGAGCGCUGAAAUAAUUUUGAGAUUUGAUUUGACAAAAACAAGUCAUAAGUGAACAUUAUCAACCACAUCAUUCGCGGCAACAGACAAAAAGUUAAAUGUUGUAAACUAGUGUUAUCUUGUCUUUUAUUGCUUUCUCCCAUAUUUCGUAUCCCAUACAAACACAAAUGUUUCUUACAAGAAAAUGAAAUGGUUAAUUAGAAAAAAAAUUCCUUUUUAAUUUUUUUUUUAAGAGAAAUAUUGUUUAUGUAAUUUUGAUUCAGUGCGUAGAAAUUAUCGGAGCUUGAUACUUGUAUUGAAAAUAUUUUUUUUUGUGUUUAUCAAAUCAAAAAUAACAAGUAUUGUUUCAUCCAUUGGAAUCUAUCGAACACCUUGGGACAUUAAAUCAGUGAAUAUCACAAUCAUAUUGAAAUAAAUAGAAAACUAUGAUAGAUUGUUAUAAAAACUAAUUUGUGUUUUCCUAUAUGCUUUACAAGGUUUUUCUAAAAAAUUUAGAUUAGAUAAUUGUUAUUGUUCUUGAAAAAGAAAUUAUUGAAUAUGAGGAAAGAAGUUGUAAAGUGUAAGCCACCUAUUUUACAAAAUGCUGCCCAAAUUAAUUCUCACAAUUUACUAAUUCUAUUACUAUACUUGAAACGAUUCAUAACAAUAUAAAAAUUCUUUGUUCUUGUUACUUAUAAAUGUAUAUUCUACAUUGUAUACGUAAAUUCAAAAUAUUACAUUAGGGCAAUUAGCUUAAGAGUCUACUGUUGUAGAAAUAAACAGAUAUGUUCAAAAAGAGGAUUUACACUGUGUGGUAACAGGAAAACACAAUAUGCCAAUUAAGAGUACGAAUUUGUUAAUAUGGAUAUAUUAUAACGAAAUUGUUCAUUAUUAGCACAGUAUGUUGAUAUUAUUAAUAUAAAAAAUAAAUCAGCUGCAGCCAGAGCUGUCUUGUUUACAAGAUAUCCCUAAUGUAUUUUAAUUCUUGCUUACGUCAAAAAGCAACACCUGAAUGUUUAUAAGGAGCCAUAUUACGUAUGCAGAACUUUGGUGAUUCUCCAGCUCCCCCUACACUAUAUCUGCACAAUUCUACUCCCAUGAAAUCAGUUAUCAACAAUAACUAGUAUAAAACGUAAACUUGACUCCCUCUUCUCAUAAACCUAGAGUUUAUUCACGAUGCAAAAAACAUUAUUUUAAAGCUAAUUUACCUAUUUCUCCACACUAAAUUGCAUUUUUUCAAUUUAUGAGAUAACAUUGAAAGUACUUUGAAUUUAUCUAUUGGAUAUAAGUGAUAACAUAAAAAUAUCAAAAUUUCACCAUAUUAAAGACUAUUCGAAAUUUUAUGGUCUUCAUGACCAAUCUAUUGAACCUUAAACCAAUCCAAAGCUCUGCAAAACGUUGGUUUAGAAACUGUUUUACGCGUCUAUCAUAAUGUGGAGGUACCUUGUUAUGAAGCUAAAUGGUUUUCUAAAAGUUUAUUAUCAUGUUCCAAUACUUCAGUAGUCAAUUAGUCAAUAACAUCCUUAUAACAAAUUUAAAUGAGUAGCUCCAUUAAGAUUUCCUUCAAUAAAUACUGGUGAAAUUACGUAAUUCCCUAAAAUUCCAACCAAUAAAUUCAUUUCUGAGGUGUAUAUAUGUGUCUAAGAACAACGACACUGCAAUUAUUGCAGCUCUGUCUACCUUUCAACAUAAAUGAACAGUUGUCGUAAGAACACUUAUUUAUUGUAUAUGGAUGAGUAGGUUCAUAUUUAAUAGUUCACUAAAUUCUUCACAAAAUUUCUAUAUGAACCAUGUAUUUUCAAUUUAUUAAUGGCUAACACCAAUAAGUAGGUAGAUUUUAUAUUUGGAUAGAAGUAAGUGGAGGUUAUAUCUAAUGUUCAAUUUAAUUUCGUGAAAUUUCAAAUUUUUAGUGUUCAUACUGAUAUCAAACAGAUCAAUUGGAUAAAUCAAUAAUACAAGGUAUCUAUAUUCACACUGUAAUUUUCUUUUCUAUGCCUAUCAGUGGCAGAGCUGCGGUCGUAGUUCUGAGCAUGCACGGCAAGUUCCUCCGACUCAAGCAAAAGAAAUGUAUGCCAUUUUUACAAAGCUGCUGUCGACGUAUUUUUUCUAGUGCUCCUUUAUGAUAUCAGCCUUACUUGAAAAUACCGCCGGUUGUUAAAUCAAAGCUGUGAUUUUCUAAAUGCAAAGAAAGUUAAAACAACUAAGUUUAUUGGCAAAUCUGCGAGGUUCGCGGACACAAUACUAUAAGUGACUAAAUUAUUAGAAGAUGGGUCAGACAGUUCCAUGAAGGAUGUGAUUAAGUUGAAGAUGAAGAACGAUAUGAUUACUGGCUCACGCAAUUAAAAAAAAGCUUAAGUAAAACCGUAACUUUACAACUAGUGAUCUUGUUUGGACUUUCGCAAAUCUCACGGUCACUGAUUCAUGAAAUUUCGAAAAAUAUACUUACAUUAGGUACCCAAAAUUCUUACCGAACAACAUAAAACACAACGGACGGGCAGUGCACUUCAGUUUUUAACACGCUACAAUAAAUACGGUGAUGAUUUUCUUUCUCAGGUGGUCACGUCAAUCAAUGAAAUGGAGGCUUACUUCGAUGCCAAUGAAAGUUAACCUUAAGCAAACAGUCAUUAUGCUGGUUGAUUGCUUGAUACGAAGUCAAACAAUCAAUGCACAUGUUAAAUGCGAGUCUAUUAAGAAAUAACGCCGCGCAAUAUAAAACAAGCACCAAGGAUUACUGUUUAAAGGUGAUGUUUUUUACGAUAAUACCCGACCGUACACUCCGAACUUGAUAAAAAGAUUCCUACAGGAAUUUGGCUGAAAUGUGUUUGAUCAUCCUCUGUACAGCCCGAACCUCGCUCCUAGCGAUUUUCAUCUUUUCUUCAUAGAUGUUGUCGAGUUGAAUGGACAUUUUACCGUAUGAUUGAAAACACAGGCGGCAACUUUCUGAAGAAUCUAUGUAGAAAUUUAAUUUAACCGUUGUAAAUUUUGGUACAAUGAAUAUUUUGUAAAUGAGUCGGUACACUUUUUUUAUUAAGCCGAACGGGGCUUACAUUUUGUGGAUAUACCUCGUAUCUUUAUGCUCACUUCAUAAAUUAAAAAAUUCAAUAUUCUGUGAAAAAAUCAAUUACCUUCCAAAUGAUGUUUCACUCGACAACGCUAUAAAAAAUAGCGGUUCUGUUUUUGGCUAGGAAUAUUGAAUGUAUGAAAAUUCAUAUCCCUCCCAAUCAAGUUUGACGUGUCUUUUAACGCUUGGUUCAUGAUUUCCCAGUUUGUAUGAAGGAAAGUUCUAAUUAAGCUAAAUUCCAUUCAUUUUUACGAUUAAUUUAAGAAAAUUAAAUAGGGUCGUUAAAAUGGGCAGACCAGAGUUUAUUCGCUUAACUAUGACUUUUAUAAUAAAUUGUCUGAAACAAUUUUUUUUUGUAUAUUUCGUAUACCAUGUAAUAGUGGGGCCACAUGUCCGGGCUGUGAGGUUGUAAUACUUGAACUUUUUUGUAAAUCUGGAGAGUUGUGGACGCGCGUUAUCAUGGAGCAGAAUCACUCCGUCAGAAAAUAGUUCAAGCCCUUUGCUCCUGAGGGACUUGCCAUAGGAUACCCUACACAUCACUGUUAAUAGUUUUCCGUACUCAAGGAAUGUGAUGAUUAUCGGAGAUCGGACGUUAAAAAAGACAGUGUGUAUUAUUAGACCGGGCACUAAAUUCAGAUGUCUCACUACGUUAUCUCAGAGGGGCAUACCGGCUUUAUUGUUAAAACGUAUAUUUAAUUUAAACACACCUCACGCCACGAAUUUCAUUCUAUCCAUAUUUGGGUUUGCGACAUUAAAUUAACUGCCCCAUUUUAGUAAGAUUUGUAGAUAUCAAUAUAUUGCUAUUCGAGUUAUCUUGGCACGAUUCUAUACUAAUCAUAUCAAUUUGUUAACAAGAUGAGCAGGCACUAUUAAGCAAGGGACAACCUGUCAUUACCACGUUCUUAUGAACUCAAGAACAUAGAUGUUACAAAAAAUAAGACGUGACAUGUGUUGUAAUACAGUUGUCACCUGUAGUAUAAUGUAAGCAUUUUUUUGUUUACAUACAACAGUGAAGUCCAAAUUUCUUCAAUCUAUAAGUAACCGUGAAGAUUAGUGGAUCAAGCAGCUUAUGGGCAUUUGUUUGAUUUUAAAGUAGAAAAUGAUUAUGCAAUAAUAAUACAUGAGAUACGGUAUAAUAUCGAGUGAUGUCUUCAAUGUAAAUGGAAAAUAUUCAACAAAGGUAGUGGUACAUUUCAUACCGACCGAAAAUCAUAACAAUAAUAGUAUUCCAUAAAUACAUAGAGUUUUUAUCGUCAGCUACUUCAAUAGUAGUGGAAUGAGAAAUAAUAGCAUGUUUAAAUUUGCAAAAAAAAUUUCGCGACCAAUAUUUUCAUACCGUAUCAAAAUUAGAAUAAGGUUUUUUUUAUUCUUGAGAUCAUUUUUAAUUAAAAUGCCAUAAUUAUGAAUGCUUGUAGGUGGAAAGAUCGUCAGUUCAUCUAUCAAAGAGACUAUACAAUGCUCUCAGAUGCAUUUAGCAUUGUUUAUACCGCUAACUGACGGUCUUUCCAUCGUCAUAAAUAAGACUGACGGUUCUUUUUAUUAUUUAGAAAGUAUGAGGAUUAGCCUCUAUCAAUUUUAUACAGUAUAUAAUAACAUAAUAUUUUUACAUUUUCAACAUAGUUCAUUAACGCGACUGACGUUAUAUCACCCUUCUACAUUACGGCUGAUGGUAGCCAAAUUUUUUUCGACAAUUUUGACUUGCUGUUAAUUUUCACCCCAGGUGCGGUGAGUGACUCUCUUUAUUGAAUAUUAAUCUACUACUGAAAAAAAAUUAGGUCGGUAUGAGUCAUCGAAAAAAUGUAGCAUUACCGUCCUUGCUAUUAGUUCUCACGUGAUAUGACAGCAGUUUGUCUCCAGUUUUGUUACUCGUUUCGGUAUUGUUUAUUAUUUAUUAAUAAUAUCGACAUGAUAAUUUAACAGCAGAUGCAUGUUUAACUUAAUAUUUACUCUCGGACAAAAAUUUUAUCAGGCAUUUGCAAAUUAUCUUUUAUUGAAGAAUUUAAGUGUUGAGCUAAACUGACUGGAAAGUGCUGUCCAUGAACUGUGUGUACUUUAAUUUAUUUCCCCCAAGACAUCAAAUAUAAGCAAAGUAAAAACAUCACCUUGUCCCUUUCUAAAGUAAUACUUUAAUAGCUUUUAAUUCGACAUGCCCCUGGUAAGAAGUAGGCUACUCGCAUAUGCAAUGCAAAUAUUGAUGAGAAAAUGAUGUUAUUCUUGUUUCUAAACCACACUGUUGAGAUUAUUCCUGCGUGUUCCUGUUUAAAAGUAUCUUCAAAUCGGCCGAACAGGCCUCCAUGUGCUAGAACCUUGAAAAUAUAAUUUAAUUGCUCUAUUGGAAUAAAAUUAUUUAUCGCAAUUAUUUUGUCCCACAAAGCUAUAGUACGAUCCUGUCAACUUGUAAAUUUAAACAUACGAUUGUUCGAUAUAUCAGCUUUAUUUUGUGGAAUAGGACGGAAAAGGGGCAAACUAAAAGUAAUUUGAAGUUGAAGAAAUGCUGUUAUAUUGAUAAUUUUUACAUAUUUGCAGAACGACCAAUUCGUAGAAUUAAAUAGAAUAAGUUUGAAAUUUUUCAGGCUCUAAGACAUUCAGGUGGUUUCAAACUUUUUACGUUAUUUUUGUCACUUAUUUGCUGUUUUAUUUAUCUCUUUUCAACCUGAUUAUUAGUAAACUUAUAUCAACCUGUAACGCAACUUAAAUAUGUACAAUCCGCUGACAGCUCUAUCUGCAGUACGCUCUAUUAUCUACCAGUUGUAAUGAAAAGUGCACAUAUCAAAAAUUUAGAUAAUAAAAUAACGGCGAAUUUUCGGAAAUCAAAAUACAAAUAUUUAAUUAAUGUUGUUGCCUUAUUUAUUGUUAAAUAAUGUAGAUUAUACAUAUCAAUAGAAACUACUACUAUUUUCAACAUUAAUAAACUCUCGAGAAAUUUCAACAAAACUAGAAAAAUAUCUAUAAAUCCAACAAAAUUUAAAUAAUAAAUACUCAAAUACGUUUCGUAGCGAUAUUUACUUUCUAAUCUAGGAGGUAGUGUUGUAUUUUUAAUGGUGAUUUUAGUCGGGUUAUAAGUUAAGCUAAGUCACUUUUACGAAUGCUUUAUAGAUUCAAUUUCCUAUUGUGUAUGUAUUUUCCAAUUGGAGAUCUUCCCCUGGUUAUGUUAAAGCCGACCGAAAUUAAGUAACUAAGUAGAAAAUAUAGGAAUUUUUUCUUCAUACUACAAAACACUAUCAUUAAAUAAGGGCGGUUUGAUCGAAGAUCGACUAAAAAAAAAUUACCAAAUUGUAAAAAAAAUAUUUUAUAUUACAGCAUAAUCCCUUUUUGCCUCCACACACUUGGUCCAGCGAGUUUUACAUUAUUGCCAACCAUCGAAAAAAAAAUAUUUCUACUUACCAAACUAUCACCUCAUUUGUCUAACAUCGCUUUCUACGAAACCCUUCUACCAAGUUUGGGAACUACUCGUAAGGAUCAGAUAAAUAUGGCGGAUGAAAUAACAUACUAGCGGGUUGGACAGCAUUGACCUAAUGUAAUAAACCUCUUUUCUUUAAAAGAAGUUAUCGUUUUUUGUUUAGUUCCGCAUGAAACCAUGACAACAAAUUAUAAUAUUGACGAAUUAUCUUUUUCUUUUUUUCCAAACCACUUUAACCAUCAUCUUAUUUGCCGAAAAAAUGGAUUCCUUUGGACCACGCUCCUCGAAUUAAAUUCAUUGUUUCGAUUGUUAUUUUGUAUAAUAGCGUGAUCUAUAAACAUUCGAGUUUUUAAGAGCUUAAGACUUAGUACUUUCAGGAUAACAUUUGCGUAUCUUUUAUUCGACUGCUUCAGUUUUUUGUCCUCGGUAGAAAUAACAAUUUAAAUUCGCUUUUAUUCAUGUUUACCCAACAACGCAAAGAGUAUUCUUGGGGUGUAUUCCACUAAGCGUUCACGGCGCCAGAUAUACUCUUUUGGGCGUUCCACAUAGCGACUACGAUCGUUGUGGUGGUGGCGAGAACGUCACUUAUAACGUCAUGACUACUGUUCUUGACGACCAUUGUCAUGUGGUGGGUCGAAUCUCAUUAUUUGAUGCGAUAUGACUUAAAAAUUGCAACAUAACUUCUUUUGAUUUAUUGUUUCUGUUUUGCCAUUCAUCAAUAUUUAUAACAACACUCAAAAUGCUUCUAAAGCCAUUCCACUUGGAUUAAAUGAAUCAAAAUGAAAGAAUUGCAUAAUAUACAAUGCUGCCUCCUAGGGCUAUACUAUACCUACACCAAACAGGAUUUGACUUGUCAUGUAUCACCAUCAAUUUCUUUUUGAUAAUUUUAUUAAAAUUAACAGAGCAGAUCAGAUAUUGAUACGAACUUCUGCAUAUUUUGUAGAUCUACAAAUUUUGGGAGCUUAGUAAUCGUUGCGUCAAAAAAUUUCUAUAAAAAUGUAAAGUAUAUCAUCUCCGUGAACAUACGUGAUAAUUAAAAAAAUACAGUGAACUAUUUUAUUGGAAACAAUGAUUAAAACAGUUAUUUGAAUAUUCUUCUUAAUAGUACUGUUCUCGGCUUUAACAUUAUAUUUAUCCUAAAGUUGAUUCUAUAACUGAAAGCAUUUCUGGAAUGCUUAUUUGCAAUAUGUUUCAUCUAUUCUGUCAUGGCAUUCUUAAUAUCAAAAGUUACCCUCUUUUCUAUUUUGGAGCAGAGCCUGAAGUCACCAUGGUGCUAAAUAUGGUGAAUAACGCGGAUAUUGAACAGACAGGAUAACAUUUACCAGCCAAUUUUCAUCUGUUUUUGAGGUCGAGAGACAUCCCAACCAUUUCUCGUCCCUAAUUAACUCAUUACAACCUUCAAAUAAUUUACAUCAUUGGUGAAUAGUAUCAACCUUUUAAACAAAAAUUAAUGGUAAUAUGAUUUUCAUGACAAGGAAUGCAAAAACGAUGUCACCAAAGCAGCUAUAGUGGUAGACUGAUAAACAGAAACGGAUUUAAACUUGUCACACAUGAAUGUAUGAGACAUACUGUAUUAAAUAGAUGUGGCAAAAUUGCUACUAGAUAAAUUCAUGUGCCGUAUUUUUUAUCAUACCUCGUAAAUAGUCUCGUAUUCUUGUUAUUGCCUGAUAUUCUUAGAUCGUGUUAUGUAUUAAAUAUUCGGUAUGCACAAUAAGAGACUCAAUACUUUUACACUUAUUUUAACACAUACAGAAAAAGACUAAGAAGUGGAAACCCCAGCACGGUCAGACUUCUUACUUUAAAGCUAAGAUACAAUGGGAAAAUUCUUCACCAUAUACAGAUCCAAGAUAAUAAAUUAUCUGGAAAUUAAACAUUGCCAAAAAUAUAAACGUGUGAUAGUGGAUUUAACAAAGCAUUUAAAAAUUACCGACUAUAAGCAAAACUCAAGAGAUAUUUUUAUUUUCUAGUAUAUCUAACCAUAUGUACUACGACAAUAAAUUAUUACUCUUAUCUACAGUUCAACUACUCUCUUGUUGUAUUAAGCACAAUAGCACUGUUUUUAUGAAUUAACAGUUACCUAAAUCUGGGUUCAUAAUAUACUAAUAGUCUCGAUUCUAAUACCUCUUUUUUGCAAACUAAACUUUAGCAUAACUCGUGAUAUCGUUUUUGUGAGUAAUAAAUAAACAAACCUGUUUGAGGUGGUAGAUACGUGAUACGUCUAUUCCUAAUGACUUUUUGUAUUAUUAUUUAAAAAAAUGUUCUUUGCUGUAAGGGUAAUUUAACUAAGAGAGCAUUUUUUUAAAAAUGUUCUAUCAAGUUUAUAUUUUUAACGAUAAUUCAUAAAACUGCCUGUUUACUCCUUAGCAUUUGUUUACAGUGCUCUGUUGCUUCAUUUUUAGUUUUUUCAAUGUUUGGAGUUGCGAAAAAAUCUAUAUUAAAAUUAGAAGUCUAAUAAUUAUACUAUAAUUAUUAUAGGUUACACAUAUUUCCAAUAAUUGUUCGAACUAUAUACUACGACCAGCGUUGAAUUAUUAAAGCCCAACUUCCACGAAGUAGUUGCGAAGUGUGGGCGAGGAGAAUACUAUUCUUGUGCGAAUUAUACGAUCUAUUCCUUUGUUCCCUACUACGCUAAUUUCCAAGACGUGCAAUACUCAAAAAGAAAUAGCUCAAUAUUUGAACAAAGAGAUCCAUUCAUAAAAUGUCAUUUGUGACUGUCUUGGUCGCCACAGCAACACACCGGUGUAAGCACAACCGACUUCUACAGGGUCGUACGAUACCGCUGGUUAACACAGUUUUAAGCCGAUUUACCUCCAUGUUGUGAACUAGGCAAGAGCCUACUUUAAUGGUUCAAGGUAAAAACCCAAUGUGGUAGUGACGGAAAUAAUUGUGUACGACCUUUUAAAAGCCAGACGCGCACAUUCCGGGAAAGAUCGUAAUUAAAAUAUUGAGAUAUAUUUUUGAGUAUGCCAUGCAAACAGUAUAUAAAACGACUCCGUGGAAACUCGACUUUCGAUGCAUUUUAUUGCACUUCUUCAAAACACAGUGAAGGCGUUAAUAUGCUUCUUUUUGCGAAAGUAUUUAUGGAAUUGUUUUUAUCAAUUUUUAAUUGUUAGAAAUAUAAACUGGUAUACAUUAUAUUCAAAAUACUUUCCAGGCAAUUAUGCAGUCUGGAGUCCUAGAGAAUUGCGACGACAAAGAAUACAUUUGGGUGAUUCCGUUCUAACUGUGAUAUUCAAUGUCCUGUAUUGUUUUUUUGUACUAGUCAUUAAUUAAUAAUCAAUUAAUAAAAAUUUUGUGUUAAUUGAAUAAUUCUUAAGAUAUUUAAACAUUAUUUUUAUACAAUAUAACUUGCCACUUAAAGAAAACUUAUACUACAUCACUUGAAUGUCAGUACCGUGUCAUGUCCAUUCCUAGAAUUUACCGAUAAAUUAUUAAUUUUUUUUGUCGUAACAAAUGAUUUAAACUAAUUACCUUAUAAAUUCUAAUGUUUAUGAUCAAACUGAGGAAAAUUGAUGCACUUGUUGUUUAAUAUCUUAAGUUACCAUGUCAGUACCGUGUCAUGUCCAUUCCUAGAAUUUACCGAUAAAUUAUUAAUUUUUUUUGUCGUAACAAAUGAUUUAAACUAAUUACCUUAUAAAUUCUAAUGUUUAUGAUCAAACUGAGGAAAAUUGAUGCACUUGUUGUUUAAUAUCUUAAGUUACCAUGUCAGUACCGUGGAUAAAUGAGUCAGUACCGUGGAACUCAAAAUCCGACAUUUGUGUCUUGCUCGUGAUACUUUGAAGUUGUAGUAAAUUCCUCUUAGAGUUUUAUUUUUACAGUAAAAUAGAUGAAUAAUAUGCAUAAAAAAGUUAGAAAAGUUAAAUUUUAAAAUCUUGAAAUUUUGAAUACAAAAAAUCACAGUUAGAACGGAAUCACCCAUUUAUUCAUCUAAUAUGAUGUAUUAAAGAUAAUACUAGUCAAUAAUUUCUGAUCUUGUAUAGCCUAUAAAUAUCUUACAUAUGAAUUUCUUUCAGGUGUUUCAUAAUAAACGUCAUUCCGUUAUUAGAUCCCAACUGUGAUUCUAUUUCGUUGUUUUAAAGGAAUAUGCCAUGAAAGACAAUCGUUCAAUAUUAACUAAUAGAUAUAAUAAAAUCUCGGCCAUAUUUUUGAGCAUUUCAAAUGUAGAUAAAUAUUCACAUAUAUUAUAAUAUAAAUAAUAUUAACGCGCGGCAAACUACCCACUGCAUCUCAUAUGUGUCUUUGCAGUGGCCAACAAUGUUUUUCUCUGUCCACAUGUUUCUUAUCCCAUUGUUCAAGCAGCGUUUUAUAUUUGUUUGCGUUGACUUAUGACUUACAAUACGUAUUGCUUUCCAUAAUACAAACCCUUGCAAGUCUACAAAGCUAUAUAAACGACCUUUGCGUCUUAUCCACAUAAAAUUGAUUUCAUCUUACGGACUAAAUUAACCCAAAUAAAUUUCACUAAAAUGGCGAUGAUAAAAAUUGUCCUAAUAAUAAUAAUUUUCCUAACAAGAAUCUCUUGCUUGCUUUACAGCGUAAAGACUUAUCGAGCUAUAUACACAAAAAUACAUAAAAGAUUUGGGAAAAAAUCAGUGUUCGUGGAAAUUUAUGUAGAAGAUGGAAGAAAAUCAUGAACGUUAAGCCUUAUAACACAAGAUGAGAAAAACUUUAUUGAUGCGCAUUGAACAUGGAAGAGGAAUGUUCACAUCUCUAAAUGAUUUGCUACUGCCACGAAAAUCUGCACCGACGUCAAUACCAGACAGCUAGCAAUUUUGCGCACACCUCCGUAGUGCUCGGGAUGUUUAAUGGAGGAACAAAAAAACGAAAAUUAAAAUGAAGCUUACGGUCGGAUCAGUACCAUUUAUUUUCAGGGCUAGAUUCCCACUUCCAUGGUCAUCAUCUUAUUGUCUCAAUUUGCCAAAACUUUUCCAAAGAAACCAGACACUGCACUGUUAAAUUACUCAUAAGCAUAAUUCACCAUCUUUGAUUCCCCAUCUACUUCAGACACACGAAGUCCUAAAAUUAAAACUAAAAAAUGAAUUAAAAGACACAUGGUACUGCUUAGCCGAUUUUAAUAUUACUUUCAAUCAACGGUAACGUUCGGUUUCACUUAUCAAAAAAGAUUUCACUCAUACACAACUAGCACAGACUAUUCUGAAGAGAUUUUUCAAGUAAACCAACCACCAGACGGUUCUAUUUAUCAUAAUCAAGCAUAAUUCACCUUUGAGCUUCCACAGACGAUCACUAAUAUUGAAUUCUGAUGAUGAAUUUAAAAAGAUUUAAUGACACUUUGGACUGCAUAGUUAGUAGACAAAAACAUGUGUAGUAUAGCUAGAUAACAUACCUCCACGAGUUAUACCUGUUAACACCUCCUUUUACUGAAAAUAGACGUUAUCUACUCCAUGGAGUAGUGGACUGGUUAAUAUAAACAAUGAAAUGAUAUGAGCUCAAGAACAGUACCUGUUUCUAAUUAAUUCUUAUUAAGUAGUAAUCCUAAUAGGCGCACUUGUAUAUUUCAAUGGUUUGCAGCCAUAUAAUUACAGGAUUACAUUUAAAAAAUAUUUUUAUCCUAUAGGAUUAAAAUUUUAUAUGAAACUUAACAAAGAAUUUUGAAACGAAGAAAUAUUUUAGUAUCCUAUUUAAAAUAACAAAAUUCAGGUGUUUCCCGUUUAGCCAACAUUGGCCACAUUAUAUUUGACACUAUUUUGGAAUCUUUUGAAAAUAUAAAGAGCUGCACGGAUUAUUACAUUAUAUUGCACACUUUAUACUAACUAUGGAUAAUAAGACUGUUUAAUAUAGUUUAAAUUUGUAGUUUCUAUUAAAGUAACGAAAGUGAAUCACCUAGUCUUACCACAACGUAAAAUUUUCAAUUGUGGUGAAGGCAGAUUCUUCUACAUAUCUCAAAUAUUUGUUUCUAGUAUCAAAAGUUCUAAAUAAGUGUACUUUGGGUUACAGAUAUAAUUACUAAGUUUUAAAUAUUUUCAACUCUCAUUCGUGUAAUAACCCAAUAAGUUCUUAGUAAUUUCUAAAUAUUUCAUUUUAAUUUAGUCAAGGAUAAAUGAUAUUUUCCAUUCGUAUUUUAGGGCCCUAUGUAAAUUUUAUUAUGUACAAUUUACGGAAGAAUUAUGUAGAUAAUGGAUAAAUAUGUUUGUAUAUAUUAACAUUGACUGUGAUUAUUUUCUUCUAACAUUACACGUUUAACAUUGUU